AUGGCUCCCCGCGCUGCUGCUGCUGCUGCUGCUGCUGGGGCUGGUAAACCCACUCGAGGCUGGGAUGCUGCCUCACACGAGGACCUCCUCCUCGCUCUUCUCGAAGAGAUCAAGCCGAACAAGGCUGAUCUUACCAACGUCGCCGCCAAGAUGCGCAGCAAGGGUUACUCCUAUUCCUACGACGCGAUCAACCAGCACGUCCAGAAGCUGCGCAAGAACCGCGACACCACCGCCAUCCAGAACUCUGGUGGCUCCGAGAAUGGUACUCCCCGCAAGCGCGCUCCCGGCACCAAGACGCCCUCCAAGCGCACUCCAUCCAAGCGCAAGGCCACUAAGUCGGCUUCCGUCGUCGACGAGGACGAGGAUCUUGAGGAUGAGAAGAUGCAGCUGAAGAUGGAGACUGACGACAUGGGGGAGGAACUCAUGUCUCCCAAGGGCGCAAAGCGCACCAAGUCCGAGCCCGAGGACGAGGUCACCGUUGGUGAGGUCUAG